AUGCGCGAGUUUCAGUCAGAAGCACUGCCAACAGAUUCUACAGAAGCGUUCAACAGAUGGUCUAGAGGUAUAAACGAAGCAAUAAAUAGUUUAAACACAGAAGCACAAAAAAACUUAAAACAGGCUAAAGACAUUGCACUUAAAUUGGAUAUUAAAAUACCUUUUGUUCCAUCACUUACGGUUGCCAAAGUUGUACAUGAUGGACUUGUACAAAAUUUUCCAACUUUAUUGGUAGAAGGUGACAUUGUAGAAAUGUUGUACGACGAUAUUGCAUCAUGUAGAAUGAAAUUUAUUUCUGAUAAUGUCCCAAAAGAAUUUUCUGUAAAACAAUUGGAGCAAUCACAAGUUUUUAAACCUUCAUUUUUAUGGGAGAUGCAUAUUAAAAAUGAGGAAGAUAUCAAUUUGUCCUUUUGGAAACUCCAUGGGCAAAUUGCUUAA